GGCUCCUCCUCCUUGGUCGUCUCCGGGAACUAAGCCCAGGCCCUACCUCCAGGACACUCUAACGCUCACGUAGAUCAGGCAGCAGUCGCCCCAUGAGGCCAGCGAGCAGGGGCCCGGGCUGCGGCGCCGCGGGAGAGACUUCUAGCUUGCUUGCCUAGAGUGAUGGCUGUGGACAUCGAGUACAGCUACAGCAGCAUGGCCCCUUCUCUGCGCAGGGAGCGCUUCGCCUUCAAGAUCUCCCCCAAACUGAGCAAGCCACUGCGGCCUUGUAUUCAGCUGGGCAGCAAAGAUGAAGGCAGCAGCGGAAUGGCAGCCCCCACCGUGCAGGAGAAGAAGACGAAAAAGCGGGUGUCCUUCGCCGACAACCAGGGGCUGGCCCUGACAAUGGUCAAAGUGUUCUCAGAAUUUGAUGACCCGCUAGAUAUUCCGUUUAACAUCACAGAGCUCCUAGACAACAUCGUGAGUCUGACGACAGCGGAGAGCGAGAGCUUUGUUCUGGAUUUCCCGCAGCCUUCCGCGGAUUACUUAGACUUCAGAAAUCGGCUUCAGACCAACCAUGUCUGCCUCGAAAAUUGUGUGCUGAAGGACAAAGCCAUCGCCGGCACCGUGAAGGUCCAGAACCUGGCAUUCGAGAAAGUGGUGAAGAUCAGAAUGACCUUCGACACCUGGAAAAACUUCACAGACUUCCCUUGUCAGUAUGUGAAAGACACGUACGCUGGUUCGGACCGGGACACGUUCUCUUUUGACAUUAGCUUACCUGAGAAGAUUCAGUCUUAUGAAAGGAUGGAGUUUGCAGUGUGCUUUGAGUGUAACGGCCAGGCCUACUGGGACAGCAACAAAGGGAAAAACUACAGGAUCAUCCGGGCUGAACUCCGAUCCACUCAGGGAAUGAUUGAGCCGUACAAUGGACCGGAUUUCGGAAUAUCCUUUGACCAGUUUGGAAGCCCUCGGUGUUCCUUUGGCCUGUUUCCAGAGUGGCCUAGUUAUCUGGGCUAUGAAAAGCUGGGGCCCUACUACUAAUGACUGCGCUUGACAGUCUGUCUGUCGCUCUGAUCAAGAUGGAGGAGAGAACGCAAGACAAGAGUGAAGUUGAACUGCCCGUUAGGCAUGGUUUUUGAAAAGAUAGGCUCCUGUUCACCUUUUUCUUAAACCAGCAAGUCCAGCGCGUUUCCAUCACGACUGGUUUCUUGCCCAGAAGAGGGGAGGUGUGCUGAUCCUCUGCGGCAUCCGGGUUGGCCACAAGGGAAUGCACGGGAUGGUGCCAGAAGGGUCUGGAGAGGAGCCAAGCUGGCAAGAAUGGAGGAAGCUGGCCUCUCCUCUGCUCUUAGAAAGUCAGUCACCCAGAAGCCAAGUCUCCAGCCUUCUCCAGGCUUACCAUUGACCUGGGGGAG